AUGGCCGCUGGCGACGACGAGAUCGACGCGUUUCUCGCGGACCAUCCGCAGCUGACGGUCGGUCGCGAGGCAUGGGAGUCCGCAAACAAGCAGCUCAGGGAAGGCGAUCCCGAGAAAUGGGGCUGCAAAUUCACGGCCAUCUCCUCUCCCGUCGAGAACAUGGUCGUGUAUCAGACGGUGUACUCGGAGACGAACAGGGCGCCCAUGGGCGACAAGCUGGCCAAGGAGGACUACCGCAGGCAGAGGAGCUUCGCCGACAAGCAGGACAAGGGCUGCGUGUGCCCAGAGGGCAACUGUGAUGCCCGGAGGACCAGAUGCCAUGUUUGUGUGUUUGCGAAUGAGGAGGCCUGCAAAUGGGACCGGAAGUCCUGCAGCAAAUAG